UUUACCUAAAAUAGGACAGUUCUGUUGGGUCUGAACUAAAUAACUACACGAGCUGUGCUGAGAAACUAUGCCUCUCUGUAGCUUGUAGAGAAUAUUGGAGAGCAUUACUGUGGACUUACUCUACUAUGAUAAACCUGUGCGUCAACCAGGACUGAGGCUGAUUUGGGUCCAGUCUGAGUGAUGGCUGACGUGAUGGAGCUCAGGACAGAUGGGAACUCUCUGCUGAAAGCAGUGUGGCUUCGGCGUAUGCGCCUUACAAGGCUUCUCCUGGAAGGUGGAGCAUACAUCAAUGAAAGCAACGAUCGUGGAGAGACGCCACUCAUGGUGGCCUGCAUGUCCAAACACUCUGACCAGCAGAGUGUCAGCAAGGCUAAGCUCGUCAAGUACCUUCUGGACAACAAAGCUGACCCUAAUAUCCAAGACAAAGCUGGAAGGACAGCCCUUAUGCAUGCAUGCAGCCACAGGGCAGGACAUGAAGUGGUCUCACUUCUCUUGACCAACGGGGCUGAUCCAAGUCUGGAUGACCGUCAUGGAUCUUCUGCUUUAGUCUAUGCUGUCAAUGCAGAUGAUAAAGAAACCCUAAAAGUUCUCCUUGAUGCCUGUAAAGCCAAAGGCAAGGAGGUCAUCAUUAUUACCACUGACAAAUCGCCAUCUGGUACCAAAACAACCAAGCAGUACCUGAAUGUCCCUCCUUCUCCAGAGUUGGACGAGAGGACCUCUCCAGCACCAUGUGCCUCACCAUCAGAGAUAGACCUUCACGCAUCCCCAUCUCCCAGCAAAGAAGAGGAGAAAGACACCGUAUUCAAUUUUCAAACAAAAUUUAAGUCCGCCUCAAUCACAGCAGCCAAACUUCCCAAUGGACUUACUUCCCCUAGUAAGAAGCCAGUGAACCCCAAGAGGGCUCGUCUACCCCAAUUGAAGCGUCUACAGUCGGAGCCUUGGGGUCUGAUUGCCCCCUCCGUCUUGGCGGCAGCAAAUGAAGAAAGCAAGAGGGCUAACUCGGAUGAAGAUGUUGUCACAGGUGUCAACGGACUGAGCCUGUCCAAAAGAGGCACUUUGUCCCGACAUAACAGCAUGGAUGGAAAAGAUAUCUUGUUUCCGAUGGUGGGAGAUCAGACCACAAAAAUCUUACCAACUUCAUCCCUUCCGACAUCUUCCAAAGCCUCCUAUGAGAGAUCGCUGGCACAGCACCAGCCCCUAGCACGACGUAGCACUCUCCCAACAGAGCAGGAGGGCCCUGGAGCAAACCUGGGGCCAGUUAGCCUCAGAGACACAGUGCACCGGAGGAGACUGGGGAAUGAACACUAUGACUCAGACUCCCAGCUGUACUCAGAUUCCAGCAUGCUAGACUCUCCUAAGGCACCUCUGGAGAGGAGGAAGCUCAAUACAUCCCCUCUUGCUAUGCUAACAGGCUCACGAGAGUCCUUGGACAGCAAUCCCAGUACCUCUUCACCUAGCACAGCCAGAUGCAGAGCACCUGGUCUACUAGAGCGGCGAGGCUCUGGAACGCUAUUGCUGGACUAUAUAUCCCACACCCGCCCAGGUCACCUUCCCCCAUUAAACAUCAACCCUAACCCUCCGAUUCCAGAUAUAGGGGCAAGCAGCAAACCCUCAUCCCCACUUGCAGCAGGUAUCAGACUAAUAGCUCCCGUAGCACCCAACUCACCAAAGAGAGGCAACCUCAGGACGAAGAAGAAGCUUGUGAGAAGGCACUCUAUGCAAGUGGAACAGAUGAAGCAGCUUUCAAACUUUGAAGAGCUCACUCAUCAGUCAUGAAACUCAGUCUAUGUAGAUGUAGCAACUGUAACAUCAUAAAUAUACGUCUGAGAUUUUGGCAGAUGGAAAACAGGUGGUACCUGUAAUAGAAUUUUAGGUAGUUAGCAUUGAAUGUAGCCAUUUAGGGCAAAGGGAUAUUGUAUCGAGAUUUGGAUCUGCUUGUUAGUUUCAAAUAGCAAAAAGAGAAUUUUUGAAAAAGCAACUGAAUACUAAACUCUCUGUAAUGAAAGAAAAAAAUAUAUAUAAUCCAAUGUCACAGAUGCAUAAAUAGCUUAUUGUCUAUAAAAGGUAUUCAAAGAUGCAACCUAGCUGUUAAAGGUUAGUUUAGAUUUAAUAUAUGAUGUAACGUUAUAGUGGAAGCUUAGACAGUCACUUCCUACCAUCCACAGAACUCAUUUUCAAAACAAAUGUCAGUGGAAAUGGGAUUUACAACAGUCACAAAAAUACAGCAAAGAAAUGUACAAUUUUCCAUUCCGCAACAGAGGUAGUGUUUGUCCUCUUGAAGAGCAGGUGAGAGAGUAUGCUAUUAUUCUCUCGCGUAUGAAGAUUGAAUUUGACAGCUUGACUACAGCUAGUUCUCAACACAAACAGAGACAGAAAUAUCUGUAAAUCUUAAGAUAAGUCUAGACAUGUCUCCAUGAGAUUCAUUAAGGCAGACAAGGAGAGUGAACACAAAACCAUACUGUCAAAAUGGAGCAGAGAGGUCACCAGAUCAUACCCAUUAAAAGAGAGCAUUCCAUUGGCUCCUGAUUAUAAUGCUGGAAGUCCUGCAAGAAAAGCUAAUCUGGUUGUGAACUGUAGCAAGAAAAAGGCGAUGCAAGAGAUGUUUUUCUCUUGUCACUAUACAUACAAUAUGUUAGCUUUUAAUGUUGAUGUUAAUAAUGCCUCCGUGCAGAUGUAUCAUUAAAUGCAUAUCUUAUCUAGAAUAUGUAAAAAAUACUGACCAUCUGUGAGCUAAUUAUUGGGGAAUAUGUAUCUUGUAAUUGAUUACAUCAGUUGCAAUAAUACAUGCAACAUUGCAAGUUUAUUUAUUACUUAUUCCUUAAAGUAAAGAUGAUUCAUAAAGUCAUAGAGCCCUUAGUUAACCUUGCUAGGUUGGCAGUCUUUACGUAUAUAAAGUGUCAGUUCAUUUUAUGAUAAGUCCAAGAGAUUUAAUGUUUGUAGCUAAUUAGUGUAUAGUGCCUUUGAGGGAGAGUAAAAGGUGUUCUGCAUCACAGAUGACUUAUGAUAAAAUAUUAUUAAGCAGCAUUUGAAUCACAAUAUUAGAAUCAGUACGCUGCAAGUAAGAAAUCACAUGACAUGAAGUAUAAUGAUGACUAGGUAAUACUCCGAUCAAGGUCUAUCAUAAGAUAUUUAGAUCAAGUCUGUAGCGGAACAUUCCUUGUGAUAAACCAAUGACCAUUGUACAGACAAAUGUGAACAUAGGUAUAUCCAUUUGUCAGCCAAUGUUGUGUGGUAGAACUAAUGUGCCCAUUUUACUUUUUGUGCAAAUGCAAAGUGCUUCAGAUUCAUUGCUGCUAUAAUGUUUAAAAGCCACUUGACUGCAUAAGGCUGUCAAAUAAUAAAUGUUCUGUAGUACUAGAGUUAGCUGGCUAACUCAUCGCUCAUUUUCCCUGAAUUAAGACAUUAAACAUAAGCAAUCAACAGAUGCAUUUAGAUUUGGUCUGUGAUUAUUAAAUGUGCCAUAAAUAUAUGGGUCACUAUA